CAGGCCCCUCCCCCAUCCCCACCUCCCUUCGACAUGACACAUAGCACAAGACAAUGAAGAUCAAGAUGUAACCCAUCAGAGCAACUGCUGAUGAAGACAAACUACCAUGCUAUAUGCUCUCCGCAUUCUUAAUUCUAUGUUGAUUGACAAUGACCGUGAUGGGAAUAUUUCUCCUAGAGUGUCGCGAUUGAGAACACUGCUAAGGGUGAUGACAGUGACGGUCUCUGUCGGUCCAAUUUCUGAACUAUAGCUGCUGCUGACGAUUAUGAGGCAACAACAACCGAUAUUAACGAAUAUGCAUGAACAAGAAGCAGAUGGCCGUGUGGCCACUCUCACGGCCGCUUGUAAUUGGAUGAACAAGUACGCGAAAGUUAAGGGUGGCUUGGGCUUUCAAACAUGAUCUUCAUACUAAGUUAGAAGUAUUACUAACUUGUAUUAUACUAACUUAGUCUUAGUACUAUUACUAACUUGACUAAGUUAGUCUUAGUAUUACUGACUUGCUUUGCCUAAGAAUUAAGAAAGAAGUGCAAGAAUUGAGGUUGAGUUCUUUCAUCUCAGCUGAAAAUAUCUGGUACUGCUUUGGACAUGAACAGAGAGUCUAGUCCUCCAGCUUCAAGCACAUGCGAUCUCCUGGGAUGACGAUAGUCCUCACUUGCUUCUAAUCUACGCGACAGGGUCUGGGUUUUUUUCGACGGUGGCCUGAAUGGAUAUCACCGUUUGAAACAAAUUGAGUCGCUACCCACAAAUGACGAACAACCGGGCACGACGG